GCAGGCAGAGUCAAACCCGAUCCGAGCGGAGCCAGGCCAGAAACCCCGGACCCUAUGGAUCGCAUCAGAACCUGAAGCCAGGACUACAUCCUGGAUUAAAGUCCUCGAUUCAACCCGGAAACUCCCGGGACGAAACGCGGAUUACAGCCCGAGUGUCGGGACGUUUAAACCGGAGUGAAGACGCUUCAGUUACCCGGCCUCCUCUUCCAAAAUGGCCGACGCCGAGGUCUCCCUGUCCCCGGCUCUGCUGCCGCUCCACCUUAGCCCCUCCCACUCAGCCCCACCCGCUCCACCUGCCUCCUCCUCCUCCCCCACCACCUUCUCCUGCCCCUCCUCCCCCUCCAGCGCCUCCUCUUCCUCCUUGUCUUCAUCCUCUUCCUCUUGUUCUGAGAGCUCCUCUGACUGCCCUGCCCACCACCAUCACCACCACCACCACCACCAUCACCCCCGUCCCCAGCUGCAGCUGCCCCCGCCCCCCCUCAGCGAGCAGCCGUCCUCCCCCAGCGCCAGCCCCCGCAGCUCCAGCCCCAGCGGGAGCAUCGGCAGCACCGGCAGCCUCGGCAGCAGCAGCAGCGCCAGCGAGGGCAUCGGCAGCAGCGGCACGUCGAGCGGCGGCGACCCGCGGGGGCCCAGCCCCCCUCUGGAUGUCAUCUCGGAGGACGCCAUGGAGAUGGACCUGGGGGUCGAUCAAGUCAUCGACCCGGAAGUGGCUCUGAAGGCUUGCCAGGAAGUUCUCCUCAAGGUCAAGCUGCAGAACAAGGAAGCGCCUGAACAACAACAACAACAACAACAACACUACACAGACGUAACAGAGUGCUCCAGCCCACAGUGGCACAUCAGCCCGGACACCAGCUCCAUCAAAGAAGAAGACGAGGACGAGGAGGCUAGUUCUAGGAAGGAUGGGGAAAAACAAGGCACUUCCCAGCGAGACCCACCUCCUUCUGCCCAGCCGGGGUCGUCUUUACUGCCGGCGGCGGCGGCGGCUUCGUCGUCAUCGUCUAAACAGUCGUGGCUGCUGCGCCUCUUCGAGUCCAAGCUGUUUGACGUUUCGAUGGCGAUCUCCUACCUGUACAAGUCCAAGGAGCCGGGGGUGCAGGCGUACAUCGGGAACCGCCUCUUCAGUUUCCCCGACAGCGAGGUGGACUUCUACCUGCCGCAGCUGCUCAACAUGUACGUGCACAUGGACACCGAGGUGGGAGACGCCAUCAGACCGUACCUGAUCCACCGCUGCAGAGGAAGUAUAACCUUCUCGCUGCUGACAGCUUGGCUGCUGGGCGCUUACUCCUCCGACAUGCACAUCUCCACGCAGCGUCAUUCCAGAGGCUCCAAACUCCGAAAGCUCAUCCUGUCCGACGAACUCAAACCUUCUGCGCCGCCUUCCGACGCUCCCGAAGCAGCUUCUGCGUCCGUGUCCGACGGCCCGGCGUCCUCGCCGUCCCACCGCCGCUGUCACCGGAGGCACAACAGCAGCAACACGGAGUCCCCCCCCUCCUUCUCCACGGCCGGACCCGCCCCGGAGACCCCCGUACAGGGGGAGGAGGAGGUGUUUGUCUCUCCGUCCAGGAGGACCCACCAGAGAUCCAAGUCGGACGCCACCAUGGCGAGCAGCGGACCCGGCUCCGGCCUCCGACGGACGGGGAGUAACCCCAAAGUGGAAGCUGUCCACGAGGAGCCGGACCGUCUGCGUCCUCAGAGGGAGUUCGUGAAGUCUCUGCUCUGCAUCGGGAAGCGUUUGGCCACGCUGCCCACCAAAGAGCAGAAGACCCAGCGGCUGAUCUCAGAGCUGUCGCUGCUCAACCACAAGCUGCCGGCCCGGGUCUGGCUGCCCACCGCCGAACACCAGCACCACGUCUGCAGGAUCCCCCACACCCAGGCUGUGGUGCUCAACUCCAAAGACAAGGCUCCGUACAUCAUCUACGUGGAGGUGUUGGAGUGCGAGAGCUUCGAGACGUCUCCUCUUCCCGUCCGGAUCCCGGAGACGAGGAUCCGCUCGGCUCGUUCUGCGGAGAACCUGGACUGUGGCGGCGGCGUCACCGCGGCUAACGCUAACGGCGGGAUGACAUCAGAGCACAGAGCAGGAAGUUUCUCCACCGUUCCGAACUACGACAACGACGACGAGGCGUGGGCCACCGACGACAUCGGGCAGCUGCAGGUGGAGGGGGAGGCUCAGACCAGCAGCAGCGAUAACAUCAGUCAGUUUUCAGUCGACAGCAUCACGAGUCUGGAGAGCAAAGAGCCGGUUUUCAUCGCCGCCGGAGACAUCAGACGCCGUCUAUCGGAGAACCUCGCUCACACUCCGACCUCGUUCCGGAGAGACCCCGAGGACCCGUCGGCCGUCGCCCUCAAAGAGCCCUGGGAGGAGAAAGUCAGGCGGAUCAGAGAAGGCUCUCCGUACGGUCACCUUCUGAACUGGAGGCUGCUGUCCGUCAUCGUGAAGUGUGGAGACGACCUGAGGCAGGAGCUGCUGGCCUAUCAGGUCCUCCGGCAGCUGCAGUCCAUCUGGCAGCAGGAGAGAGUUCCUCUGUGGAUCAAACCCUACAAGAUCCUGGUGAUGUCAUCCGACAGCGGCAUGAUCGAACCCGUCCUCAACGCCGUCUCUCUCCACCAGGUGCGUAAACAGAGUCAGUUGUCUCUGCUCGACUACUUCCUGCAGGAACACGGCAGCUUCACCACCGAAGCUUUCCUCACCGCCCAGAGGAACUUCGUCCAGAGCUGUGCCGGAUACAGCCUCAUCUGUUACCUGCUGCAGGUGAAAGACAGACACAACGGGAACAUCCUGCUGGACUCUGAAGGUCACAUCAUCCACAUCGACUUCGGCUUCAUCCUCUCCAGCUCUCCUCGUAACCUCGGCUUCGAGACGUCCGCCUUCAAACUCACGUCGGAGUUCGUGGACGUGAUGGGCGGUCUGGACGGCGACAUGUUCAUCUACUAUAAGAUGUUGAUGCUUCAGGGUCUGAUCGCCGCCAGGAAACACAUGGAGAAGGUGCUGCAGAUAGUGGAGAUCAUGCAGCAAGGUUCCCACCUGCCCUGCUUUCACGGCUCCAGCACCAUCCGUGGCCUGAAGGAGCGUUUCCACAUGUCUCUGACGGAGGAGCAGCUGCAGCUGCUGGUGGAGCAGCUGGUGGACGGAUCCAUGCGCUCCAUCACCACCAAACUCUACGACUCCUUCCAGUACGUCACCAAUGGAAUCAUGUGACCGCGGACACGCUGCUUCACCUCCUGCAGACUCUUGAUGUUUCAACUUUUACUAGCUGCUUUUGUUUGGGUUCAGCAAAGAGAAUGUGGCGCUGAAGGAAUUUAUUGGAUUCGAGUUUCUCGUUAACCUCCGCUGUGUUCAUCGCACCUGGCUCUGAAGUUUCUAACAGGUUCGUUUUGAAUCUGAGGAUCAGCUGAUCAAAUUUUAGGUGAUCUCAAGAUUUGUUUCGCUGCGUUCAAGGGCAGCUGGGAAAGUAUCGUUUGGGACAAGGUUGGUUUUUACAUCCUGAGAAAAAUCGUACGGAAGAGGAACACUAAAUGGGCUGGAAGCAUCCGAAUUCAGACUCCAGGUUUAUUCUGUUGCUGCCCGAGACAAAUUUAUUAAACAAACUCUUAAACUGCUGUUGGAUUCUGCUGGAUUUUACUCUGAACCAGCACACAGUGUUCGGAUAACAAACGGGAGGAAACAUUUGUUUGUAGUGUUUUGGAUCAGGACAAAAAUGAAGCUGUCACUUAAGUUUCUUAAGAAAUGACGUCUAUAAAAAGUGAAUAAGGAAAAGGAGCUUGUCCCUAAUAUUCAAUUUGUAGUUUCAUGUCGGCCAUUAAACCUCAGCAGCAGUUCGUUCCAGCUGAUCCUCUCGUGCUUCAUAUCAGAAAGAUUUGAAAUCCAAAAUAUCAACUCUACAACGCGACAAACACCAGCAGGACAUCUGCAGCUUCUUGUCAUGAAGAAACUGUGCGACAGUCGGUUCUGUAUGUUUGGUUGUUCUUAAAGAACAGAACAUUGAGAAAAACACUAUGUGGAGGAAGCACAACAUGUUUUCGUUGCUCUCUGGAUGUUCAGAGAAAGACGGUUUAAAAAAGAAAGAGACAUCACUCUUUAGUUUGAAAUGGUGGAGACCAGUUUAUCUUCCAACAGAAUUUCUUGACAUGUUGAGUUUUGAUUGUUUUCACCAGACAGUUAUCACUACUGGGUCUAAAACAUCAGAAAAGAAAUCAUUUGUUUAUCCAGGAAGCUCAUUCCAGCGUUCUUCACGUCUCGCUGCUCUAAGGAAGUGAAAUAUUUAGAAAAUAUUGGAUCGACAAGUUUAUCACAAGAAACCAAUGACUGAAUCCCUGUUAGCUUCAGCUAAGUAUUAGCAUGUCAACUUGCUAACUGUGAGCAUGCACGCUAACGGCUCUCCAGGCUGCAUGUGAGCUGAGGCGCUCGUCAACAUUCGUGUGACUUUGUUUUUUUAAUACUUGUACAAACAUACAUCCUUUUCUUUUUUGGAACAGCUGAUUAACUUGUUCGAUGCCCAGUUGUUGUGAUUUUGAACGUCUUUUUGAACACAACUAUAAUUCCAGCCAACGAGUUAGAUAUCUUUUGAUAAACAUCCGUAACGUUAGCAUGCCGUCAUUGUUGUUUUAGAAUCCAAAAACAAACUGUAACCCAGUUUUUAGUACAUAAACUGUCAACAGUGACAAAAGCGUUGUUUCAAUAUAAAACUAAGAUUUAUUGGACCUAUAAAUCACUAUUUUAAGAAGAUAUAAUUGUAAAGGUUUAAUGCCUUCCUAAAUAUUCGGAAAUUUUAAGCUCUAAGACUUUGUGAAAUCAUUAAUCGUCCUAACAUCCUGAUUUUAAAACAGAACUACAAACUAAACAAACGUGACGAGCGUCUGGUGAAUAAACAAUGUCAACUCACCACUUUAUUUAAUCAGCAUGUUUGUCACUGAAUAAUUUUAAUGUCCUAUGUUUUGUAGUUUUAGUUUUAAGAAGGGUCCGUGGGGAAUUUCAGAAGAUAUUUUGUGGAAUUUCUUUUCAUCAACACACACCGUACACAACAUGUUAAAGAUGCUAAUGAUAACGAAACUCCACAGCGUUGAGUUAAAACAUAUUUACAUGAAUGCAUAAUAACAGGCGGGUUCAGAUUGACACUCCACUUUACUUCAAUGGUUUCCUUCGUUUUUGAGCCAAAAUGGCCACCGAGCGGUGAAACGAUUCGUCAGCGUCAACAUUUUUAUGCAAGAACCUCAUUAUCCAUGUUCCACUAACUGUACAUCUGUGUAUAAUUCUGAAUUCAUGUUAUGUGUCCGUUAACAAUACAGUCUAUUUGCAUAUUUAACAAAUGCUCUUCCUUCCUGAUUGGCCCCAAGAUGCAUUCCCUUGAUUAACUCUGGCCAAUCAGGAGAGGCGGCUCUGUGGAUUGGCUGAAUGAGAGCGAGAGACUGUAUUUCUGUGUUUGACAGAAAGUUUACUUUUCUUCAUGAGGAGAUCAGUGAUAAUCAGUUUUCUGAAUAUGUGAAUGUUUUUUUUACAUUACCAGCCCACUAAAAUAUUUUUUCCCCUCAGAUGUUCUCUCAGCAUUGACAAACACUUUUAUAAUGAUGUUAUAACUAAUGCUGUAACACUUACAUGGCUUUAUUCCAGAGUAUCACACCGGUGUAUGAGCAUAUUGUUUGGACAUAAGAAAUACUGAGUUUGUCUUUGAGCAACCCGUUCUCACUCCUAAGUCAUCACAUACGGACGCAUGGACAACACCCUUUGGCGUCAGUUUGUAACGUACUGGGGGAAACCUUGCAGCAUCAGUUUUGAACACUAAAGGCGGGUGAAGAAUAUUUAACAUAAAAGUCAGAGUAAGGAGGUGGUUGAGGUGGAAGGAGGGCCAGAAACUAGACUUUUAACCAGGAGACCGGUAAUGUUCUUUAUUAUUUUAAUCCAAACCCUGAUCUCUUACUAAACCUUAACUACUUACUUCACGACAUUUCGCAAUGUUGACAAAUACUUUUAUUUUGAAGGUUAACCGGACGUUGCAUGUUUAGUUGUUAACUUGACUGCCCUAAAAUGUAAAAAAAAAUAAACGAUGCUAAAGGGUACCCAUGGUGUUAAAAGGUGACGCCAACGGGUCUUGGCAAAGCGUCUAUAAUGUGAAGAGUUGAGUGACAUUAAGUAUGUCUUAAAAUACUUAGUUUUUAGACGAUUUAAGAUCUUAGAAAACUAGCUAACUAAUGUCGCAGACGCCAACAUUAGCUUGUGCUACCAGAACUGUUAGCUAUUUUGCUAGAAAACAGUUUGUUCAGGUCUGUAACUACCUGCUCGUUCUUCUACUGUAAGUUAGCUAGCCGAGAUAUUAGCUAGUCAAUGCUCUUGUACCCUACAUUUAUAACUACAGUUGUAUUAUUAUGGUAGAAGAAUGACCAAAAAUGUAUAAAGCUGUCUAACUAACAAUUAGCUCAUUUUUAACUAGCUAAGUAGGCUGCUGUCUUUCACAGUUAAUGACUCAUUAACUGCACUUAUUUGCUCACAUUUGUAUAAAAAUAAAAUAACGCUAGUGUUGAAAUGAUUUAUGGUUGACAGACAGCAGAACAUUACUCACACCUGGCUAGACACCAUUCCAGCUAAGCCAUGUCAUGCUAAUGGCUAACAAACAACAGCAGUUGUGGAAUUUUUAUUAAAACAGGUUCUCACUUAAAUGUGUGGCUUUUUACCAUUCGAAAUAGCUGCUUUCUUUUCCUGAAUGUUCAUGUUUCAUUUCAGAAAAGUGUAUUUAUUUUUUGAUAGUGUUAAGUUAAGUCAGUCUAUUUCAAGCCAGGUGGCCUGUCUUCACUUUAAGACACCAGAGCUAACUAGCUACCUCACUGUUCAAGAGCAGAGACUACGUACACACUGCAGUGAUAAAAUGUAUUAUUUCAUCAUCUGCUUGUCAUGUAAAGACUGUUUUCAUUGCUACAAAGUCAUUUUAAAUCAAUAUUUCCAGGCUGCUGUUUCUUGGUAGCCAUUAGCUUGUCAACGACUCAUCUAAAAUCAUGGCUAGCUUGUUUUAUUUUUCCUCUUCCUUCUCCGCCAUGUUUUUUCGUCUGUUGAACAUCAUUGUGUUUUAGACAUAUAGGCUGUGUCAAGUAAUGUUUGAAUCAAAGUCAAUAUGUCAGUAACUGCAAGAGUCGGUUAGUAGAAGUGCUAAAGCUUACAGCUAACGAACACCAAGAGCCGUGACAAGCUAGGUAGCUAGCUAGUUAGUGACAGACAUGAACACAACACAGACUGUAUAUAAAGAUGGACGACAUGACCGCUCCCUAAAGGUGAAGCCAAAACAUCUCAGAGAGCCUAAGUCCGUCUGUUCCGCCCUAUGUGACCUUAUUUCGGAAAAAUAACGAACGGUAAUCAACGGCAAGAGACAACUAAUGUUUAGAUCGCGUUUGAAUUGUGUCCUGAAUUACACACAAGAUGUUUGUCGGUUUAAAAGAUAGUUACGGCCAUGAAAGUUGCAGUUUGUUGUUUAACAGUAAAGUAACCUUUAGUUUUGUGGGAAACCGCUAAAUGAACUAGAUCUCUCGCCUCGCAUUAUAUAUGUCACCAACAUGUUAGCGCUGUAAUACUAAGCUAACGUUUACUGCUUGCUACUAGCAAGGUAAUUUAACUAUGUUCCACGCACAGAUGUAUCUCGCCUGAUGUGUUUAAUCCAACCACUCCUGGUCCUUUCAUCACAUCAUCUACACAUGGAAGCCAGUGACGUUAGCUUCAGUGACGUUAGCUUCAGUGACGUUUUUCUGUCAUAUGGGACUUUUGGGUUUGUGUAAUUACAUAUUUUCAGUCUUACACUUCUACAGUUUUACAAUAAAAUGUGACUUUCUUGACUUAAAUUCUUUUAAAGUGACAAACGGGAUUAAAACUGUUGUCUCUUGCCUUAAAUAUUUUUUGCAGAAAUAGAGCGCCUAAGGCAAAAAUAUGUAUGGUAGUCAACAGCGAGAGACAACUAAAAGCUUGAUUUAUACUCCUGCGUAGGGUCUACAUGCGUAGCUACGCUGUAGGCUACGCACAUAGCCGUGCAUUUAUACUUGUGCGUCGAUGUCUCCGUCGUUCUGCAAUUACACCGCCAAACGCUUGUUGUCGGUAGAGCUACAGCGUCCACUGUGUUGACUUUUGCCAGCCGAGCAGGCUAACUUCGGGGGCUACACAGAGGUUAGAAACAUCUGUGCAUAGAACAUAACAUAGGCUACCUAGCUAAUGGCAACCAAGCAUUUAACGUUAGCUUAGCAUUACAGCACUAACAUGUUGGGGAACUUACAUUGUGCAAGAUGAAAAAUUAAGUUCAGGCUUCACAGUUUUACUACAAACUGACUUUCUUGCCUUAAAUUAUAUUUUAAACUAACAAACAUCAUGUGUGUAAUUCAGAACACAAUUCAAUGCGAUCAACAAAUUUGUUGUCUCUCAUAGUUUACUACCGUAUGUAUUUUUUCUGAAAUAACAUACCAGCUAAAGAUCACAGCGCACGUACCCAGGAUUUUGUACAGUGGGAGGAAGUGGAGACACGGCAUCCAUCUUUAUAUCCAGUCUGUUGAACACAGUAAAAGCUAGUUAGCUUUUUCUACCAUAAUUUGAGUUUAACUCUGUUUAUUUUUUAAUCACAGUUUUCUUUUAUAUUCUUGUAUAUUAAUACAUCGGGUAGUGAUCACAUAACCAGCUGUUUUCCGUUUGCAGCCUGGUGGAAAUUAUAUAAUUGUAAAGAUGCUAUAAAAGCUUCUCACUGGAAUAAAGCCAAUGUUUGGGGUUACUGUCGUACUAUUAACAUCUGUACAGUUGUUCUCUGAGGUGUUUUGUGUUUUGACCACUAUUGAAGGAGAAGCACAGAUCUGUUAUUGUAAGAGCUGCCUCAUGUUACCGUCUGCUAACUGUUAGCCUGCUACUUUAUACGCCACCGCGCUUGACAAAGAUGCAGCUGUGACUAAAGUUUACCAGAUAAGCAACUUAAAUAGCAAAUACUCUCUUGUUUCUUUCAUUUGUGAAUAUGUAUGUAUGUAAAUGAACUGAUGUUAGUUUUCCUGUGAGAAAAAUAAGAUGCCUUGAGAUGUACAGAAGGUACAAACUCUUAUCAAUGCAAUAGGAGGGACAAAGGAUCUCUGACCUGGGAAGUGCUUUUAUAUCAGACGUUUGACGGCUACACGGACGGGUUCUAACACCUAAGAGUAUUCCUCUCCUACAUCAGUCCAGACGGGAAAAAUAUCUCUUUAUAUUUACAAGUUAUUCUAGUCACUUUUUCAUAAUAAAAAACAUUUGAUAGUUAAAUUGACCGGUGUUUUUUAAAAGGUGUCAGCAACCCUUGAAAUUUCUUUGUUUCCCCACUGUAAGCUACUACAAUCAUUGUUUUUCUGAGUGGAGUCUGGAGAGGAAAACACUGGAGCCUGUUAAAACUCGUCCCUGCUACUAAAAACCUUUCAUUGCCUUCUUUCUUCCAUCAGCUCAAACACAUUCAAGAAAUUCAAUGUGAAAAAAGUGCAUUUAUCCUGAAUUGUCAGUUUGUAAAAGGAUUCCUUGUUGUUUUUAACUUUUAGUUGCUACUAAACGUGUAACACUAAAUCCAUUAAAAGCAGUUUGGAGGUUUGAUUUUAA